AUUUUGCCGUUGGUGUAGAGGGGCGGGGGCAUAUUACUGCAGUCCAUACGUCAUCUGUAAACAGGAAGUCCUCCGCUCGGUAAGGAGAGUCGCUUACCCUGGAAUGAAAAUAUAUUUUAUACAAUUUUCUGAGCUGAACAGAGUGAGCCAUGGGUAAAAGCUGUAAGGUGGUCGUGUGUGGCCAAGGUGGAGUUGGUAAAACGGCAGUUUUGGAGCAACUACUGUAUGCCAACCAUGUCGCAGGUUCAGAGCCCAUGGAGACUCUGGAGGACAUCUACAUCGGCUCCAUCGAGACUGAUCGUGGAACUCGUGAGCAGGUGCGCUUCUAUGACACCCGUGGUCUCAGAGACGGGAUGGAGUUUCCCCGACACUACUACACUUUUGCAGAUGGCUUUGUUCUUGUUUACAGCGUUGAUAGCAAAGAGUCCUUUAAGCGAAUGGAGGCACUCAAAAAGGAUAUAGACCGUCACAGGGACAAGAAAGAGGUGACCAUUGUUGUGCUGGGUAACAAGCUGGACAAGCAGGAUGAAAGAAGAGUGGACUCUAACUAUGCCCAGAACUGGGCGAAGAACGAGAAGGUCCGUCUGUGGGAGGUGUCGGUGGUCGACCGGCGCACGCUUAUUGAACCCUUUGUCUACCUGGCCAGCAAAAUGACCCAGCCACAGAGCAAGUCCACCUUCCCUCUCAGUCGUAACAAGAACAAGGGAAGUGGUUCAACGGACAGUUAACUGACCAAAUGCUGUCAUAACAUUUAGUGGGGAAGAAAAAGGGAGAAAGAGUGUUACAGGGAAUCACGUUUUAAUAAAGAAGCAGAUAUGUUA